AUCUCAUAAACAGCCAUAAUAUUGUGUAGACAGUAAUCAGGUUUCAUACAGUCAUUCAGUCAUCGUGUUUUACUGUUUUGUGACGGUAUAGUUAGUUACCAGUCACUAGUUAGUGUGGUACAGUGUUCGUUGAGAAUCGUUAUUCGUAACUUAUGAUUUAAAGUUAAAUUUGUAUAUUGCUGCAGUUAUGAAAUUUGUUUACCUACUUUAUAUCUUCCCGUCCUCGUGAUGAAUUGUUAAUAGGACUCAAGUUUCUUAAAUCUAUAAAUUAUAUUUGUACUGAUAUAAUGUUAUACACACAUAUUUAUAAAUAUCAAUAAUAGUAUUUAAUUUAAAAUGGCAGAAAAAAUGCCUAAUGAAAUUGUUAUACCUUCCUGUUCAAAAUAUGAAGUAAUUGAUACUAAGUUAAAUACUGAAAAAAAGAGAGAAUUAUCAAUAUCUGAAUGUGAAGAUGAAUGCAAUGAUCAUACAAUUGAAACACCCACAAAUAGGGUAACACUUUGCAAGGAUCAAAUUCAUCAAUCAAAUUCUGUUUGCCGAACUUCUGAACCAUCUUUGAGUGACGUAAUCAAACAUUUAACUCAGCAGAGUGACGUAAUCAAACAUUUAACUCAGCAGAUUGAUCACAUUGAAAAGGUUGCAAGUCAGAAUGUCAUAAAAAAAACUCGAGUGAAUGAUGUUAACUAUGAUGAGGAGUUUAUGUAUCAGCCAUCCAACAAAAUAAUUAAAUAUGAUAUUGAAAUGAGUACAGACUCCUUUAACUUGGAUGAAAACAGUAUUGGGUCUAUCAACAAAGUUAACACAACCAAACAUGUCAGUAAAAAAAUGAAGUACAAACAUAAAAGUUAUCAAAAAGAUGUUGAUAUUUUUAAAAGAAAUACUAAAAAUCUUUCCAACGAUGAGAUAAAGGAAUUGUUAGAAAUAUCAUAUAAUUUUGAUGACGAUGACAACAUUCACAGCAAAGUCCAAACAAUCGAAGAUGUUUCUUUUAGUGAUGAAAUUGAAAACUCUUUAGCAGAGUUAAAUAACGAAAAUGAAAUAUGCUUGGGGAUAACAUUGAAUAAAAAUGAUUAUUACGAAGAAGAGUCUGUUGAUGAAGUUGUUAAACAAACCAUAGAAGAUAUCAUUGUUUCAUUGGAUUCUUCAAAUAGUUUUGGUGUUGGCUUUUUAAAUGUAACCAAGAAUAUUAACGAUUUUGAAAAUAUAUUAGAACCAGUUGAUGAUAUAUGUAUUAAUGAGAGUUUAACCUGUCAAGAAAAAAUAAGCUUAAUUUCAAACUCCAAUCAAGAAUAUGAGUUAACAAAGACUGUGUAUGAAAUGUAUGAACACAAUAAUAAUGAUUUCAUUGAUUCAGAAAAUAUUCCAGAACAUGCAGUACAAUUGCAUAUGUCAAUUGUAUUAAAUGAAACAGUACUGGGUGAUAAGAAAAAUAGUAUUUCUGCUGAAGAUCAAAGGGAUUUCAAAAAUUUAAUUACCGGUGAUCAAUAUAAAUCCAACAUGUUUUAUUUUGGAACUGAAAACAUUCGUGAUGUUUCUUUCAAUACUAUUCACUCUUUGGAUUGUUAUGAAAUGAAUUGUUCAAAAAAUAAUAACUCAAUCCACUCAGUAGAAACCAAUACGAGUUUUGAUGAAAUUGAAAACUCUUUAGCAGAGUUAAAUAACGAAAAUGAAAUAUGCUUGGGGAUAACAUUGAAUAAAAAUGAUUAUUACGAAGAAGAGUCUGUUGAUGAAGUUGUUAAACAAACCAUAGAAGAUAUCAUUGUUUCAUUGGAUUCUUCAAAUAGUUUUGGUGUUGGCUUUUUAAAUGUAACCAAGAAUAUUAACGAUUUUAAAAAUAUAUUAGAACCAGUUGAUGAUAUAUGUAUUAAUGAGAGUUUAACCUGUCAAGAAAAAAUAAGCUUAAUUUCAAACUCCAAUCAAGAAUAUGAGUUAACAAAGACUGUGUCUGAAAUGUAUGAACACAAUAAUAAUGAUUUCACUGAUUCAGAAAAUAUUCCAGAGCGUGCAGUACAAUUGCAUAUGUCAAUUGUAUUAAAUGAAACAGUACUAGAUGAUAAGAAAAAUAGUAUUUCUUCUGAAGAUCAAAGCUUAUUAUUAAGAAAUGGUUGUUCUGAAAGUAGCAUAUACCAAUGUGAACAAUUUUCUAACACUGAAAUUGAAGUGAAUAGUGGCGAAUUGCCUCAAACUUAUGAAGUGAAUAGUGGCGAAUUGCCUCAAACUUAUGAAGUUAAUUUUGAUUUUAGAAAUGAUUCUAUAGAAAUUGAAGAUUAUUUUAUUGAUUUAACUAAAUGUGUAAAUGAUGAAAUCAUAAUAUCGGAUGAUGAUUAUACAAUUAUAAUUAAUGAGGAAAUGGAGUGUAAAAGGUUAUUUGAGAACAUAAAUUCUGAAAUAGAAACUAGUUAUGAAGAAUUAACUCAAUUUUCUGUAGACAACAAUAAAAAAAUUGGUAUUGAAAAAUCAAUUAUCCAAGAUUAUAAAUUGAAUGAGGUAAAUAAACAUGAUGAUGAUCGAAAAAAUAUAUGUAUAAGUUCUGAAACUUUGAACAAUCAAGAAAAACAUAAUAUUGAUCAGUCAAACAUAGUAGAUGAUUUGAUUGAUGUAAAUUGUCAAGAUUAUUCUCAAUCAACAAUUUGUGAUUACGAUUAUUACAAUAAAUAUUAUGUAGAUGGUGAAACUAUGUUAGAAAAUGGGUAUGGUACAUCUAAAAUUAAUGCUGAAAAUAAGAAUAUAAAUAUUUUAAAAGGAUCUAUCCAAAAUGAAGAUGAAAUGCUUUCAAAGAUGCUUAACAAAGAGAAAGAUGAUUUAGAAAUGGAUAAAGAUUGUUCAGACAGAAUAACUGUGUCAGAAACUUGUGAUGAUUAUUUUUACGAAAAUGUUUCUAGUGUUUCUACACCAUUUCUGAAUGAAAAUGAUUUUUUGGAGGUAACAAGAGAACACGGGAAAAGAUCAAAUCAAGAAGUCAAAUUGAGUAUGUCUAUUAAUUAUGAAAAUAAUGAAACAAUAUUUAAUAAUAAGGAAAUUGAUGAACGAUGUGAAAGAAGUUUGUCAUUCAAUUCUAUUGAUGUAAAACGAGGUUUUGAAAGUUCCAAUAAUGAUUCUGAAAACUCGGAUGAAUCUCUAUUAUUCAUGCCGUCUGGCAAAGAUUUAAAAAAAUAUGGAAUAGAAUGUGAAGAACAUGAAAAAUCUAUUUCCCCAUCUUUGAAUAAUUUAGAAAAUAAUAUCAGCGAUACAAAAGUUGUUCCUCAAUGCAAAUCUCCAUGCUUAAAAAUAAAUGAAGUAUCUAAAAGUAUAAAUAAUUUUGUGAGUUCUAGUUCUACAAAAGAUUAUGAAGAUAAUGUUAAAUAUUUCUAUGAUUGCGAUAUUAGCAGCAUUGAAAAUUCUGAUGAAGAAGAUAAUAUAUUGUUGUCUUUUGAAAAAGAUACUUCAAUAGAUAAUUGCAUUUUUGUUAAAAAUCAAGACAGAUUGAAUGCAACCAAUAAAAUUAAUAAUGAACAAACUUUAUAUGAUAAUGAUUCAAAAAUUCAACAUUUAAGUUCUUCCUCUGAGAGUUGUAAUAAUUUGAGUAAUGUUGUGGAGACUCCAGUUCCAUUUAUUUAUUCACCUAGUCAUGAUCAUCAGUAUGGUCAGAUUUUAAGUACCAGUAUGGCUAAGAAACAAAUUUUACAUGAUAAACCUGAAGUUUCUAUCUUAAAAAAUGAUAUUCAAUGUUGUGCAAUAAAUCCUGAUGCUGAUAAUAAGUUGGAAAUUUUAAACGAUUCAAAUUUGAAAAUUACUGCUAGCAAUACAAUACCUAGUUUUAAUGUUUCAAUAGAUAAUAUUAAUACGAUUCAAUCUAAUUUGUAUGCAGAUCAAGGUAAUUUUAAUGAGGAACAAAAUUUAGAAGAUUCAAAUGAAAAACAUAAUCAAAACAAUAAAAAUAAGUCAAUUUCUAUGCAUGAGUUAACUAUAAAAAAAUCUCAAAAAUCCUUUAAAAAUAAUGAAUCCGAAACAAUAUCCAAAUUCAAUUGUGAGGAGAUAGCUAAAAUAAAUACAGUUCAAUCUAGUAGUUUUGAUAUGGAUAAAAGUAAUUUAAUUAGCGAGGUUAACAAAAAAAAAUAUUUAGAAGAAAUUAUUAAGAAUGAAAAAUUAUUUAAUAAAUUUGAUGAGAAAUUGGAUAUGAAUGAAUCAGUCAUCUCACCUUAUAUAUCUCAGUCUUUAGAAAAAUCUACUAAUUCUCGAAGUGCAUUGGCAAAAAAAGCAACAGCGGAUACAAAUAUCCAUACUAUGAGUGAAAAAGCUUUGAACAUAUAUUUAACUCAACAAACAAUGACAUUAGAUGUCUUAGAGGUUUUACAUAAGUCUUUAGAUACAUGUCCAUCAUCUGGUAUAUUGAUGGAAGACCCAGAAGGGUUAGUUGUGUCUCUAAUGCCACAUCAAAAACAUGCUAUUGCUUGGCUAAGUUGGAGAGAAAGUCAAGAGCCAUGCGGCGGAAUACUAGCGGAUGACAUGGGUUUAGGUAAAACGCUCACCAUGAUAUCAUUGGUUUUGAAAGAAAAACAAGACAGUUUAUUAUCAAUAGUGUCUAUUGACAACAGAAGUAAUGAUGUUAUAAUUGGUGGGACUUUGAUUGUUUGUCCGGCAUCCUUAUUAAGUCAAUGGGAAAAUGAAUUUAAGACCAAAUUGAAACCAGGAUUGUUAAAAGUUGCCAAGUUUAAUAGCAUAAAUAGAAAUAUAGCUGCUAUAGAAUUAGCUAAAUAUGAUGUUGUAAUGACAUCAUAUAAUAUAAUAAUGUGGGACUAUAAAAAAAAAAAUGAUUCUAGUCCAUUAUUCUUUAUUAAAUGGAGGCGAAUCAUAUUGGACGAGGCUCAUCAAAUAAGAAAUAAAAAGACACAAACGUCUUUUGCCGUUUGUAAGACAAAAUCUAUAUAUCGGUGGGCUAUAACAGGAACACCGAUUCAUAAUAAAGAAGCUGAUUUCUUUACUCUUCUAAAAUUUAUUCGUUGUCAUCCAUUUGAUGAUUGGAAUGUCUGGAAGAGGUGGGUUGGCAAUAAUGAUGAUGCUGGGAGACAUAGGUUAUCCUUGCUCGUUAAAACAUUAAUGCUUCGUCGAACAAAACAAGAACUUUCCAAAUACACAACAUUCAAAAUACCUUCUAAAAAAGUUCAUGAAAUUGAAAUUGAAUUAUCAAAAGAAGAACGAAGUGCUUAUGAAAAAGUACUUCAAUUUUCAAGUAAUCUUUUUGCUACAUAUCUGUAUGAUAAAGCAGCAAAAGAAAAAGUAUUUGACUCUAAUAUCAAAGUACAAAGUAAAGUUCAAUAUUUUCAAGAACAAAGUCAAGAUAAAGACAAAAUUUUCAAAGAUCACCCUGAGUUACUUAUGUUGUUCAAAAAGUUCAAGAAUAUUGAGGAAAUACAAACAUAUCAUAUAUUGGUGUUACUUUUAAGAUUGAGACAAAUUUGUUGCCAUCCAGCUUUAAUUAAGGGACCUAUAAAUGAAGGAAAUAUUAAUGAAGACGUAGAGAGUAUCCCAGAAGAUUUUAAUGAAGUUAGUGAAUGUGGUUUAACUAAUAGUGAUUCAUUUUAUAAUGAAAACACCGAAACAGUUGACUGUCCAAACAUUAUUGACUUAUCAAGACUUAUGAGUCACCUUACACUUAAUGAAGAACCUGAUAAGAAAAAUCCUGAAUUAAACAGUGACAAUAACAUUUUCAAAAAAACUUGGAUUUCUACCAAAAUAAAAGUUAUUUGUGAUUUGGUAAAAAAAAAUAUAUUAAUCGGUGGAACAGAUAAGGCCAUAAUUGUUUCGGAAUGGCCGAGCUUUUUAUAUUUAAUAAGGAAAAAUUUGGCUCAUUAUAAAACGGAAAUGUUUUCUGGAGCCAUUCCUAUCGUUAAAAGGAAUAAAAUCAUUCGGGAAUUUAAUAACCCCGAUGGAGGACCACAGAUUUUAUUGCUGUCACUGAAAGCUGGAGGUGUCGGUCUUAAUCUCAUGGUGGCAAAUCAUUUGUUCCUUAUGGAUGUUCAUUGGAACCCUCAAAUGGAAGCACAGGCUAGUGACAGAGUAUACAGAGUAGGCCAAAAAAAAACAGUGAAUAUAUAUAAAUUUAUAUGUUCUAAUACGAUUGAAAAAAGAAUACUCGACAUUCAGAUUAAGAAAUUACAAAUUGCUGAUAAUUUAUUUGAGGGUACCAGUGCAAUUACAUCCAAAAUAACAUUGGAUGAUUUAAAACAGAUUUUUCAAUUCCAGUGAACACAUUCAACUAUUUUUUCUUAGAAAAUUAUGUUUGAUAUUAUAUUUAUACUUUAUAUUUCUAAAAUUUAUUUUGGUUGAUUGUCAUAUUAUUAAAUAGAUAAGUUUUAUAAAUGUACUUUGUUUUUUUAUAAAUUAUAUACUAUAUUAUUUUAGUAAUCUACUGUUUCUAUAAUAGCUGUGUUAUUUAAAUAUUUGUAAGUCAUACUAUAUUUAUAUUUUGAUUUUAAGUAUAUACAGACUGAAUAAGAAUUUCAUAAAAAAAUGUCUUAAUUUAUUUAUUUUGUCAAAAUAAGAGUAAUAAGAUCUCGUUGAAUUGUUAUUAAAGACAAUUUAACACCA